AAAAAAAAAAAACUGUGUGGGAAAGUGGCAUAAACUUGACUCGUGAAAAGACGUGUUGUACUUUAUAAGGGAAACGGACAGAAAUUGAACGUUAAUCGUCACUGUUGACAUAUACAGUUUCUUAAUGUAACAUUUCUUGUUAUAGCACUGAUAAUAAUCGCGAACUCGUUUUCCUUAGUGUAGUUAAAAGAUGUCUACCCCUGCUAGAAGGCGACUUAUGCGGGAUUUUAAGCGACUCCAGGAGGAUCCCCCAGCAGGUGUUAGUGGUGCUCCAUCUGAGAACAACAUAAUGGUCUGGAAUGCAGUAAUAUUUGGCCCAGAAGGAACACCUUUUGAGGAUGGUACGUUCAAGCUUACAGUUGAGUUCACAGAGGAAUAUCCAAACAAGCCCCCAACUGUGCGGUUUGUCUCAAAGAUGUUUCAUCCAAAUGUAUAUGCUGAUGGCAGUAUCUGCCUAGAUAUUCUCCAGAAUCGGUGGAGUCCAACUUAUGACGUGUCUUCCAUUUUGACAUCAAUCCAGUCCCUUCUAGAUGAACCAAAUCCCAACAGCCCAGCAAACAGCCAGGCAGCACAACUGUAUCAAGAAAAUAAACGAGAAUAUGAAAAGCGGGUGUCUGCGAUUGUAGAGCAGAGCUGGCGGGACAGUUGACCACUUUCAAAAACAUUUUCUCACUGAAACGUGCUCUGUUGGAGGGUAGUUUUUCCAAAUCAUCAUUUUUAAGUUUUUAUGCACUUUACUCAUGUAAGAUUGUGAUUUUUGUUUUAUUAUCAUCUACAUUUUCGACUGGAGUGCUUUUCAAAUCUCAUUAAGAUCACUGAUCUAAAAAGAGGCAAAUACCCCUGGAUAAAAGACUCAUAGAUAUAAGUCAUAGUCUGGUGAAAAUGUAUUCAGUACAACAUUAUUGUUUCUCUCAUAAGCAAGCAAAAGUGUACAUUUCUGUGGUUUCAGUUUUGGGGUUCAUUCAUGACUCUUUUUGUUUUAUUUGUACAAGGGCAGCUGGCAUGCCACAUCAGUGGUAAGCAGAUGGCACACAAUGAGAAUUUGUGUAUGUUGGUAGACAUACAUGGGGUUUCUAUGUAUAUUGAAAAAAGCAAUGGCAAAAUUCAUUCAUUUAUAAAAACAUUUACUAGUCAAAAAAACUGAGAUUUGCUGGUACUACUCAAAAUAUCCAAUCCUACUGAGAUUACAAGUAACUGCAGUUAAUUAACAUGCAUCCUUUCAUAGCUUGCAUCACAGAGUCUAAGCAAAUGUCUUCAGGUCUAUUUAAAAACCUUUAUCGUUGCAAAUGUAUGCUGUUACAUGCAUGAAUGCUUGAGUGUGUCCUUGCAUCAAAUCUCUUGUGUAUAUACAAAACAUCUGAAUUUUGUGUCAGAUCUUGCACUGGAUGGCAAUCUCAUUUUCCAGCACUUGUAAAUACUUAAAUAAAAGUUGAAACAACCUU